GGGUAAUGUGGAUUACUUUAGACAUGGCCAAGACCAGCUUGUGUCUGGUACCGAUUCUCUGUCAAUUUUUGGGACUACAAGCCGCUCUGCUGGACUCCCUGCUCAAUCAGAGUACCAUCUACUAUCUGAAAUCUUCAGGGGAUGUUGCCUUGGAGAAUGUGGAUCAGUUGGCCUCUGUGGAGUCUGUCAAGUUGAUUGUGCACGGUUAUCUGGGAUCUCGCACACAUGGCUCUAUCAUGCCUCUGAGAAAUGCCUAUACUGCCCAGGGAUAUGAGAAUGUUUUGGUGGCUGACUGGGGUCCUGUGGCCAAUCUAGAUUAUCCCAGCUCGCGCUUGGCUGUGAAAAAAGUGUCUAGCAUUCUAGCCAAACUAUUGGAAGAAUUUCUUCAGCGCCAUGGAGUCAACUUAGAAAGAGUUCAUGUCAUAGGACACAGCUUGGGAGCUCACAUCGCAGGAGGAAUUGGGCGUUACUUCAAAGGAUCUUUGGGCAGAGUUACGGGCUUGGAUCCAGCUCUUCCCCUUUUUUCAAGCCGAUCGGAUGACAGUUUGCACUCGAAUGCCGCUCUAUUCGUGGAUGUGAUUCACACGGACUAUCCUUUGUUUGGGGACAUUCGUCCUCGGGGAACAGUGGACUUUUAUCCAAAUUUUGGACUUGCUCCACAACCAGGAUGCGAAAAUGUGGAUGUUGUUGCAGCCAGUAAGCUACUCCACGAAGCUUAUAGUUGCAGUCACAAUCGUGCUGUCAUGUUUUUCGCCGAAUCAGUUGGAAUGCCUGAGAAUUUUCCAGCGAUUUCCUGCAGCUUGGCGGCCAUUAAAAGUAGGCGUGUUGAGGACUGCCUAAGGGAAAAAUCAAAAGCUAGUACGGGAAACGCAAAUGAAUAUCAAACUGUUUUUAUGGGCGAACAUGUUAACCGCAGCGCCACCUUGUACUAUUAUUUGGAAACUAAUGGAGCGCCACCCUACGGCCAAGGCAGGAACUCACAUUUCUGAGUUUUCUUUUGACACUUAACUAUAGAUGGCGGUAAUAGCCCGAAAAAAUGUAUUGCCUUAGAAAUAGAUGGCGCCAAUUAGCCACCUAUGAUGGAAUUGACCCAUAUUCUUUAAACAUUUUCAAAAUUUCUAAAAAAAAAUCCACUGCUUUGAAAUAAUUUUAAAUUUUAAACAAACUACCUUGCUUUUAUAAGUUUUGUUUUUACACUUGUAACUUUAUUGCGCUUUAAGGAGACAUAAGAUACGCUUAGCCUUUCUAAAACAUAAAUUGAGUCUUGUAAAACCUCACUCCCCCUCCAAUAGCUACCCAUUUUUUAUUUCACUUAUUUUAUGCUCAAUCAGCAAAUGAAUUUCAAUUAGCUGCGACCAUCAUCCUUAUUAGAACCUGCAAUCAAAAGUUCCGCAAGCGCAACGGCUCAUAAAUCACAACCAUUUUAUGAAUGAAGAGAAGAAACAGUUCCCCUCUUCGGAUUCUUCGGAUACUCGGAUUCUGCGGAUCACUGCAGACCCGGGGGUUAUUUAUGGGCCAAUAACUUUACAACUAAACGCUCAUCUACAUUUAAUGGCGAUAAUUUUUGACGCAAUUCGAGGGGCAGACACGUCGGCGGUCUCGCUCCUCCUCCUCCUCCUUCAUCUUGGAUGGGAUCCUAACCUGCAGAGGAGUUGGCCUACAAACAAGAGGAAGCAACCGCAGAAGAUAAGGCUAAACACUUGACACCUCGGCCUCGGUGGUGCGGUGGUUCGGUGGCUUGGGGAUUCGGUGGUUCAGCGGUGUUUGGGCCCCACUUUGGUUUCCUUCGCGCUGCCAGCGGGCAACUACACUUGGAAUAUACAUAUAUUCAUCGUUUCCGAUAGAAAUUCCUAAACCUUUUCAAUCUUUACGUUAAUGUUCUCAAUUUCUUUUAGCACUUUUAUUACUAU